AUGAGUGGUGCCCUGCAGAGCACAUUUACAGUCAUUCUGAAUGUGGAAUUUAUAACUGGCAACUUUGGGAAUGGAUUCAUAGCAAUUGUGAACAUCAUGGACCUGGUUAAGAGAAGGAAGAUCUCUUCGGUGGAUCAGAUCCUCACUGCUCUGGCCAUCUCCAGAAUUGUGCUGCUGUGGCUAAUAUUACUGAACUGGUGGCUGGCUAUGUAUUAUCCAGGGAGAUGGAUAAAUGAAAGAACAUUUGUUGUAAUAUACAAUAUCUGGACAGCAUUCAACCAGUUUAGUCUUUGGUUAACUACAAGUCUCAGCAUCUUUUUCUUAUUCAAGAUAGCAAAUUUUUCCAACACUAUUUUCCUUUAUUUUAAGGUCAGAGUUAAAAAAGUGGUGACAGUGAUAUUGUUUGUGUCUUUGUUUCUCUUGUGUUCAAAUAUUAUAGUUAUUAAUGUAUCUGAGAAUGCAUUGUUCACUGAGUAUAAGGUAAAUAUGUCAUACAGCUUGAGAUUGAAUAAGACACAGCUUUCUGGGCUAUGGUUUUUAUUUGCCAACACCAUGUUUGCCUUCAUACCAUUUGCCAUGUCCCUGGUUGCUUUACUCCUGCUCAUCUUCUCCUUGUGGAAACAUCUGAGGAAGAUGCAGCACAGUGUCCAAGGAUGCAGAGAUGCCAGCACCACGGCCCACAUCAGGGCCUUGCAGACAGUGAUCGCCUCCCUCCUCCUGUAUGCCCUUUUCUUUUUGUUUCUGGUUGUUAAGGUUUGGGGUUCUCUGCUUCUCGAGACAAAGAUGCUACUUUUGUUCACAGAGGCUGCAAGAACUGCUUUUCCCUCGGUGCACCCCUGUGUCCUGAUUCUGGGAAAUACUAAGUUGAGAAAAGCUUCUCUCUCUGUGCUGCUGUGGCUGAGGUGCAGGCACAAAGACAGGGACCUUGGGGUGCAUGGAUCCAAGGCUUAUUUGUGUGAAUCAUCCUGCAGACCUUAG